AUGCCACGACUCAAAUUUCUGCCUCAUACACCCUCACGACGCUCUCACACCACAACCACCGAUACUCAAACCUCAUCACAUCGACCACGACGAUUCCCUCGUACCUCACCAUCUCCACCGUUGUAUUCUGGUAUGGACGACCCAUUCCGUUUCAAACCUGCUCAAUCUCCCGCUCUCUCCGAUUCGGACAUCUAUCGCGCCUUUCUCAAUCUCUCCUCUGACCCUAUCGAACCUGAUCUCACUUCUUCCCCUCAUGACCGUCUAUCGUGUACUGACGAUGGCGUCCUGAACGAUUCAAUAUCCGUCAUUGAAAACGUCCUCGACCUCGAUCAUGUCAUGGCUGGUGACUCUGAAACUCACUCGUCCUCUCGCCAAUCGAUUGGCGACUCCCUUCAUGACGCCACUACCUCCUACGCUUCUGCCGCGUCGCCAACGGUCGACAACGACGUCUUUGGUCCUGUCAUAUCUGCUGAUACCAAAACAAAACCAUCACAGUUGGUCAAUGACCACAAUCUUGUAGGACCUGGUCACGAUCCUGCCAAACGACCCUACAUCUGUGACCAUAACCCCUGCAAUAAGGCUUUCGCCAGAAAGUCUGACUUGGCUAGACACUACAGAAUUCAUACAGGGGAGAGACCGUACAUCUGCUUGCAAAGAGGCUGUGGUAAGACGUUCAUUCAGCGGUCAGCUCUCACCGUUCAUACACGGACUCAUACCGGAGAACGACCACACCAUUGCGAACAUUGCUUCAAGGCAUUCGCAGAUUCCUCCUCACUCGCUCGUCACAGACGCAUUCAUACCGGGAACCGGCCUUAUGUCUGUCUCGUGCCUGGAUGUACACGCGCUUUCGCACGCAGAAACACUUUCCUGAAGCAUUAUCGUCGCGCCCAUCCUGGCUUCCCUCCUCCUCCAGGUGCCAACAACAGUCGACUGGCAGGUACUGCUCGAAGGACACAACCUGGCGCACCUUACCCAUCAAAAGUCGCCAAAGGCACUUAUCUUGCUCCUGGCCCGCCCGGUCCAGAUGGUCAACCUCAAUACUUUGUCAGUACGCCUUCGAUCGCAGACGCGUCGGGCUCCACUAUAUCGGACGGAACCCCCCACGGGUUCACCGCCUCCCGAGACCCGCCAGGGGGAGCGGUGUAUGCCUCAGGCGGGUACGGGCUCAAGCCUAGAGGAAGAGGAGGAAUGGGAGGGAACCGAGGAGGAAGAGGAAGAGGGUCCGGAAGAGUGGCGGUCGGAACUGGCAGGACCAUAUACAAUGGAGACGCGAGUGCUCCUUCGACGAUCCCCUCGCCGGCCACAACAGGUCCAACCUCUCUUUCAUUUUCAGGGUCCGGUCGAGGUCAAACAAGUCUAUCGUCCUUACAGACUCCAAUUUCAGCAACGGCAAGCCACUCACCUUCCUCCGUCGCCAGAGAGGACGAUGAGUACGAUUCAGAGGAAGCCCAGUCGCCGACUUCGACAGAGUUCGGAGAGGAUGACCCAGGAGCAAAGCUCGAGCCCAGCGACCAUGUCUCAUCGCCAAUCUCUGGAGCCAGAGAUGCAAGAUUUGCCUUUGGGACAUCGAACGAGGGGUCUCAUCUCAACUUCGGACCUUCGCAGCACAUCUAUUCCGUCCAGACCUCGCCAGGUGGAUUCAGCUUCAACAGUGGUAGUCACCACCCGGCUUGGGCGAGUCGUUCGGCCAGUCAAGGAUUGACACUUGUGAGAGAUGACAACAUCAACGGGAUGGCUCGGAACGUGUCAGAGCCAAUGUCAAGACAUCAAGUCCCGGGUCAAGGAGCAGCUGGAGGAUUCCAUCCAUCCCAGUUGGCCAUUCCCGCUCAUUCGGCUCAUCUCCACUCUUCCUUCGUCCCCGUCCCGGUCCCGGUCCCGGUGUCAACAUAUGCGGAUAGCGAUAUGUAUGCUGGAUCUCGAUUCCAGACUCCCAACAUGAUGUCGUUACCACACUCGGCCCCAGUCUCUGUGGUCGAUCCAGACAGCAUGUCGAGGGACCACUCGCCAGAGCCACCUCUGGUCGAUGUCCACUCUGUUCCGUCAUUCGCCUUUCACCCUCCCGAUGUGGCCAAUUCCUCAAUUGUUGCAGCUCCUAUGACCGCGGGGGCUUCCACCCAUGUCCAGUCAAGCCCUCUGGCUCAAGCUCCCGCUCAAUUCGUCAUGACCAGUGCGCAAUAUCAGAUGGGCCGACUUCACUCUGCACCCCCCCACCUUCAACGGUUCAACUCGGCACCAAAUCUUCCCAGGUCGAACACCUUUUGGAAUCAGGCAUCUCUACCAGCACAGACAGGCUUCAACGAUGUUCACUGUGUAUUUGGAGAGAAUGUUGGGCAGGAAAUGUCAGAUGUUCUAGAUCAACAGGUCCUCAGCAGUGCGGCAUCGACCGUGGCCUCAGAGGAAGUUCCGCUCGAUCAGGUCGACAUGUCUGCGAUGACUAAAGUCGAGCCUACCAAUCUAUGGGGCCCGCCUAUUCAGUAUUCCACACCGAAUGGGCCUCCGCCUGCUCUCUCAUCCGUCUACGCUGCCUCGUCUUCGUCGACCGCAUCGACCUUAGUUGGAUCGGGGAACAUUCAGGAUUUCUCGAAUCUCACCAAUAUAACUCCGACGAUGACACCCAUCACGGCGCAGCCUGUACAGCGGCAAGCUCAGUAUGUCGGCUAUCCAGGAACAAAUCAUUAUAUGCCUCAGCAGCAGGUCUUCAUGCCGAGUAUGACGCCCAUGUACCCCGCACCGCCGAUGACACCCUGGACAUCUCAAUCUCAGCACUUCCCCGCGUUCGACCACUAUCGUGCGCCUCGACCGUACUCUAAUUAUCCCGGUCAGACACCUUUCAUACCGUCUCAGAUGAAGCCAUUCCAGCCUUUCCCGCCUACGUUAGGCUCCCCUGCCUACAUCCAAGCUCCUGGUGACCGUACCUAUCUUCAUGGAUCGCCGAAUACACCUGUGCACAAUAUCACUCUGGCGACACCUCCUCGGGCCAUCCGCAAAGACUCUGGAGGCAUCACGGCAGUCGGUCUAGGUAUCGCCAACGUCCACUUUGACGACCGCUCUGCGCCCAUGCCGUUCCAAUCGCUUCAGGAUGAAGAUUCUGCAUUCCCUUCGGGUCCUCUCAGUCAGGUUCUCGACCCUCAGCCAUUUGACCCCGAUAUCGAGGGCGAGGACGAGCUGGACUACGCAUCCGGGAUGGACGCAGGUGAAGAGGACGAUAGCGAUGAUGAUUUUGUCCUCGGGCGAAAGAAGAAGGCGGCGAAGAAGGGUAAAAAGGCGAAGAAAGGGACUGGUUUGAAGAGGAAGAUCAAGUGA